UGUUGAUCGCCACAACCAGGGCCAGCGCGGUUGAUCUGAUUGGCUCUCGAGGCCCUACCUGCGCUAGCGAAGAUUUCCCAAAUGGGAAAUCAUCACUAGCCGCGUCAACAUUAUAGUCAGAGGGCAGACAGUAGUGGGUUCAUUUGUAAUGUAUUCUUGGGAACGGGCAUGUAUAAAGGACAAGCAGAUUAGCAAGAAGGAUUUGUUCUUGCAGAGAAAUUUUGCAAUCCGUCAAUUUCGUGGAAGUAGAUUCCAAGCCAUCUUGCAAUACACACCAGCGAAGAACCACGUAACAGCACCAUGGCGACCCAUCCCGCAGUCGUCACAGUCGGCAUCAAGAAACGUCUAGAAGUCCACCAAGUACCCACCGUCAAGCCGCAAGGCGAUGAAGUCCGCGUACGCGUCGAGUGGACGGCUUCGACGCCGCUUGAUCUGCAUCAAAAUGAUGGGGGUUUGCUUGUAACCCACCCUCAGCGCCUCGGCGACGGCACCGCCGGCACAGUCGUCGAAGUCGGGCCCGAUGUCACAAGAUUGAACGUCGGCGACAAAGUCUUCGGCUUCACAUGGCGGACUGCGCAAGAGAAGGCGCAUCAGGAGUUUUGCACGACGAACGAGUGGCUGAUGGCCAAGCUCCCUGACGGGUUUACGCUGCAAGAAGCCGUCACGCUGCCGAACAACUUUGUCACGGUGUUUCAUGCGCUGACAACGGAUCUGGGGAUUGAGACACCAUGGCCGAAGCCAGAGGGGUAUGUACCGGAGGGUGCGGGGAGGGCGGUGUUGGUGUGGGGUGGGGCGAGUAGUGUAGGACUGUAUGCGGUGCAGGUGUUGCGGUAUUAUGGGUACACAAAUAUCAUCGCGGUAGCGUCCUCGAAGCACCACCCCAAGCUCAAGAGCCUGGGCGCGAAGCAUGCCUUCGACUACAACGACCCGGACGUGGUGUCCCAAAUCCUUGCCACCGUUGAGGCCACAGGAGGCAUUUCCAAGGUCCUCGACUGUAUUGGCAGCCAAAACGGCAGCAUCGCACCCAUCUCGCAGCUUGCACAGGCAGGCGCGAAAGUCGCCAUCCUCCUCCCCGUCAUCGUGCGCGACUCGAGCGAGACCGAAGACCCAGUGUACGAAAUGGAUGUACUGAAGGCGGCGGUAUGGAAGGAGGGCGUGCAGGCGGUCGGCGUACGGACGCAUUUUUAUCUGCAAAAUGACUUCUUCAAGAAGCAUUUGCAGCCAGACAUCAUGUAUACCAUGUUAAAAGAUGGCAUUGUAGAGCCGAAUUCGCAGAGGGUGAUUGAGGGGGCGACGUUGUUAGAGAGGGCGCAAAGGGCGAUGGAUGCGUUGCGGAGGAAGGAAGCCAGUGGGGAGCGAUUGGUGUGGAGGGUGGCUGAUUAGGUGGGAGCGUUAGGAAGGAGGUGUUUUCCUGUUUUGAAUUCUCGUUGUCAAUGUUAGUGCAUUCAAAUUUGGUGUUACUCUCUGGAGAUGGAGGUCUAUCGAAAUUGAGGAUGUGCACGGUGGCCGAUGGGCUAUCGAUCAAGUUUUUACUGUGAGGU